AUGAUUACUCCUGAUGCUGGCCAAAAUUAUUCCAAGUUCAUGGAAGAAUUCACUUUGAAGCAGUAUGAGGGAUUCCAUGUUACAGCAGAUGAAGUAAUAGAAGCACAGGUAAAGAUGGAUGUUUCUCCCAUGGGAAGUGCCUCCAUUUGUUAUGCUACUGAAUUGCUUCAAGCCCAUUACUUGUUCACAACUUUCAAGCGUCUUUUUGUUGACCUCAUCCUUGGUUUCCAAGAUCGAAACAACAGCCAAAAUUUGUUCAAAAACAUGUCCUUAGAAAAUGCUUUGAAAGUGAUUGAGAUUGAACUUGGAUUCAUGUUUGAUGUGCUUUACACCAAAGGAGAAAUAAUUUAUGCCCACGUGGGCUGCUAUCUCCGUUUCAUCUGUCUGAGCAGCACUUUCGCAGUGUUGAUAGUCUAUUCUAUUUCCCAUGAGAAGAAUCAUUCGAAGAAGGUUGAUUUAGCUAUAACUUUCUUAUUUCUAGUUGUAGCUAUUUUCCUUGAUCUCUAUGCAGUACUUUUACUGUUCUCAUCAGAUUGGACAGAUCUUUAUCUGACCAAGCAUUCAACUAUCGGAAAGGCCCUCGCUCCUUUCCAGCUUCCUAAACAUAUACGGUGGUCAAAUUCCUUAGCACGACCCAGUUUGCUGAGCUUUUGCCUCAAAAGUAAACCGAGGACCAUCGAUGAAGUCUCUGAUGAGUUGAACGGGUUAGCAUUCACCCAUCUCGACAAAUUUCAGUACAUGAGCAUAUCAAGCGGGAGGCAGAGUCUGAAUCCACCAGUUAUGAGAGUGAGCGUAAAUCAUUGUGCAUCUACCGAGGGGAUCAUGUGCUUCAAAAUUCAGGAUUUUUUAGAUUAUUUAAGUUGGGAGUGUAGCAGUACAGUUCGACCAAAGCCAACUAUCGCACUAUAUGCUGUAUCUCCUGGUCAUGCGUCCUUUCAUAUUGCCAAUGGGGAUUGGAAAGAUCAGAUCCGAUAUCUAGAUACUUGCAAAGAAGUCAUAAACGUUUUUGGAGAGCGCGAGUCCAUGUUAGGUGAUAUCCAAACUUCGAAUCACAGGCCUCAGAAUUCUUGGCUUUUGGCAAUCAAUCCUUUCAGCAAAGGGAAGUCUAAGCCAAAUGAAACCAAGGCAUGCAAGGUGUUGCUCAAUGUGAACACUACAGUCCCACCAGUCAAACUAAAAGGUGACAGAAGCAAAUAUCUCGUACUCGACGCAUGCAGGCUGGCGUCACAGUUGCAAGAUAUAUCAAACAGAGAGGAAAAAUGGAAGCUAGUUAGCAAUGUUUGGGUGGAAAUGCUAGCUUAUGCUGGCAGCCGUUGUAAUGGAAAUUAUCAUGCACAGCAAUUGAGACAAGCUGGUGGAGAACUUCGCCGUCGCGUCUGGCUCCUGAUGGCACAUUUUGGUUUAACAGAGCAGUUUCAGAUAUCUCAUGGUCACGCAAGAGCUAAGAUCAGUAUGGCCCGAAAGUCCAAAGACAAAAGACAUGCAGUGACGCAGGUCUUGAGAACAAUGGAAAGCUCCAAAUCCGAUAAAAUCAUAAAAGCGGAUCCGGAAGAUGUCACAAGGCGGAUGUCAUCUGUUAUAGUUGGUGACAGAUGGGAUCAACUAUCCCCCUUCACCCCACUCACAUUCGCGCUUCAUAAGAAAUGGAUAGCCAACUGGGAGAAGGUCACCUAUAGCGAUAGCGUUAGGGAUGUCAAUUGUAUUCGUUUUCAUUCACUCGAAGAGGUGGGUGUGGAGGUUGAUAUGAAGACGGGUAAACAUUAUCCAACUCGUUUGGGUAUGGAAGCGAAUAGAAUACCCUUCAAUUCGAAAAAUCUUUACCACAACCACAAAGGUCGUCUGUGA